UCACCACAGCUUCCUGUCGCACGCGGGUGGUGAGGAGGAGAGGCAGGCUAGAAAGGGCAGGUACAGCUGGGCACAGGGAUCGUGCUGCUGGUAGCUGGGGCUCAGGCCCCAGCUCAGGCUUUAGGGCUAGCCUCUCCCAGCACUGACCUCAGUUCAGUCUAGCAAGGAAGUGGGGGUCACUGAACCCCAAAGGAGGACGUAGCUGCUUGCCACUGGAUCCCAGGCGGGGGCCCACUCAGCCUCACACCCCUGCUGCCACUCUGCCUAGAGGGGCUGCGGUGCAGCAGGGCCUGGGCCAGGGGCUCUGCAGAUGGAAGCAGACACUCUGAGCCCCGUGGGGCUGGGCCUCCUGCUGCUGCCCGUCUUGGUCACGCUCCUGGCUGCCCUGUGUGUGCGCUGCCGCGAGCUGCCAGCCUCCUACGACAGUACUUCCACGGAGAGUUUGUCCCCACGGAGUAUCCUCAUCAAGCCGUCUCAAACAGCCUUCUCCAGAGCAACUGCCAGUUCCUAUCCUCCUGUUACUUCCUUUCCGCCCCUGAGGCAGCCAGACCUGCUCCCCAUUCCGAGAUCCCCACAGCCCCUUGGAGGUUCCCAUCAGAUGCCAUCUUCCCGGCAGGAUUCAGAUGACGCCAACAGUGUGGCGAGCUACGAGAACCAGGAGCCAGCCUGUGAGAGCGUGGAUGAAGAUGAAGAUGAGGAUGAUUACCCCAACGAGGGCUACCUAGAGGUGCUUCCUGACAGCACCCCUGCCGUCUCUUCUGCUCCUGUGCCCAGCAAGCCUGGCCUCCGAGACAGCGCCUUCUCCAUGGAGUCGGGUGAAGAUUAUGUGAACGUCCCCGAGAGUGAGGAGAGUGGAGAAGCAUCUCUGGAUGGGAGUCGGGAGUAUGUGAAUGUGUCCCAGGAGCUGCAGCCAGUGACCAGGGCUGAGCUGGACACCACGAAGUCCCAGGAGCUGGAAGAUGAAGGAGAAGAGGAGGGAGUGGAGGGCGAGGAAGCCCCCCGAUUAUGAGAAUCUGCAGGAACUUAACUGAGAGCCUGCUGCAGCCGUCUGUCCUGGAACUAGCCUUGCUGGGAGGGCAGAACUGGACAGCUGGGGGCAGCUCUAAGGGAGUCCCAUUUGACCUCUCUGCCUUGUCAACAGUCUGAGAAUCUCCCCUAACUUAUUGUCACUUUGGGGUCCAGUCUAUAUCCCCAGUACUCUGCAUCUCCUGACGAAGUCUGAGAAUGAAUCUAGUUCCUGUCUGACUGUUGUGGAAUAAAGGCUGAUAUGGCCCAAA